UCUUUUAUCAAAGUGUAUAAUGCUUUAGUCAUUCAUAGAGGGUUCAAUCGAACGCACGUUAGAACAAUGGUGUUUAUCAAAGUCUUGCUAAUUCUCCUAUCUUUGGCAACCAUUUCGCUGUGUCGUGACCUUUGUGAACCAGCCACAGCCGAGGAAGUUAACACCUUACUCAACAUCUGUCUCAACUCCCGGACGAAGACCGAAUCUGACUUCUUCCACUCCAAGCGAAGAAUUGCAACACUAAAUGACUCCGGAUACAUAAGCUUCCCGAAGUCAGACGAUUGUUCAGAGCUUCUUAGCAGCUUAGAUGGUCUGUUGCACGUCAUUCCCGAGAGUGAUUCUGAGCUGUUCAAGACGCUGAAGAAACAUGGACAUUGCUAUGCAGCUUUGGCGCGUGAAACUCCUGGAUUCUUGUGCUAUUCAGAAGGACAAACAGGAAAGGCGAUUCACACCUUCAAAGCCUUCGAAUGUUGUGACUUUCCGAAGAAGAACACAACGAAAUUGAUUUACUUCAUUCAAAGUCCAGUGUCUUAUGAAAUAACUGAAGUGAUGCAAGAUUCUGAAUUCCCAUCUGAUAAGAAUGCAUACAAAUAUAGCGAUUUGGGACAGUUUUCCCUCUGCAAUGAUGAAGAAAGUGAAAAGGACUUUAAUAUUUUCGUGAAUGAAACUAUUUUUACAAGACUCACUUUCAAAAAUUUCACAUUUUAUCCUCGUCUUUUCACCAAAUUUAAGGACAUUUAUCCUGACGCACAAUUGAAUCUAGAGACCAAACUUUUCUUGAGAAACGACAAUGACAACAAUAUUUCACUAAUCAUUGAUCCAAACGCUGAUUCAAUUCACUUCAAGACAGUAAUUCAGCAUAAAAUCACCAGCGCCUUUCGUAUUCCACCAAAUCAUUGUGGCACAGGAACUGUAAAGGGUUUAAGAAAGCAGUUGAAAAUCCCAUUAAAAGCCUCUAUUCGGAUCAAUUUUGCCCAUGUCAACAACUCUAGAGUUCACAAGGAUAUUGAAAAGCAAUUAUUGAAACACGAAGUGCGUUUUACAGAAUUCACGUGGGAAAAUGUGAAAAUCACUGGUUAUCGUGAUGAUUUUAUCUUUAUCUCACGGGAAUUGAUUUACAUCCUUGAAAUAUGUCUGGCUGUAAUCCUUCUGCUCACUGUUCUUGUCAUAAUUGCUAUGAAAGUGAUGAAAAGUCACAAGAAACUGAACAGACAAUCGUUUGUGUCGCGUGAGUCUCAAUUUCAAGAUCAAUUCCAGUCGAGACUCAAUUCCUUUGCUGAUUUGGCGGAACAACAAGCUGAAAUCCUGGGGGAAAAGCUGAGAAAUGGCGUAACUCGCGCUUCAGCCUGGAUUUACAUGAAGCUGAUGUGA